UACUCCGCUAGCCUUUGAUCCUGCCAUGUAACCUCAGAUUAUGACCGUGAGGCGGGUCUGGCCCUGUCGAUCGACGCCUCGAGGCUUGGAGGAGCUGGGCGACGCUCGCCGGCGUCUUAUAAUACGAGCUCUCCUGACUUUCAAACGAUCGACAGUUCCGUGGCUCUGAACCCUCUGUCUGUCUGUCUGUCCCUCGCGGCAUUGCAGCCAACUUCACCAAUAACAAAGACGAUGCUGCUGCUAUCCAUCUUCAGCGGUGUCACCGUGGCGCUGCUCGCCCAUGGCGCGUCAUCCACCUCUGUUUCGCGGAAGCGACAGAUCCCCAGGGGUGACUGCCAGAAAGAUCUCAUGAUCGACGACUUCAAGACAUGGACGAAUGGGACGAAUGCAUUACGAGGAGCAACAAGCGAUGAUGCUACCAUGAACGCGACCAGCAUAAGCGGCGGUGUAUUAACGUUCACACCCAGCCACCAGGAUGUCUCGUACAUAUACGAGCAAUGGGACUGCCUAAACACCGACGACAAGGGUUACGACAGCGUCUCCUUCACCAUCAAGGGGCCCGCGGCGGCCUCAGUGUCACUCGAGCUGCAGACCAAGAGGAACUGCCGCGCCAACACCGCCUACCAGAGCUACUACUACACUGUCAACGGCCUGACCGGCUCUAUGCAGAACGUCACCAUCCCGCUCAGAAACUGGACGGGUGCAAGCCUCCAAGGAGUCGUGGGCUUCGUGUGGUACGGCUUUUCCGCCGGCCUGACAGGCGACGACAACGAAUGGAAGCUGCAGAAUUUCCAACUGCAUUGUGACAAUGACGACGAUGACGAUGAUUUCCCGUGGCAGGCGGACAAGCGCAACGAGGAGAAGCAAGCCCUUGCGCUCCGAGCUGCAGCGGACAUAGCUGAGACGCAAAACCAAGCCCGAGCCGCAGGUGACGCGGCCUGCUCGACGGCGCUGAUCGACGACUGGGCGUCGCAGUCGCGGCUGACGUUCCUGUACUACAACGCGAUGCUGAAGCCGACGAGCGACGACGGCACGAUGAAGUCGGUGGUGGUGGCCAGCAACAAGGUGACGCUGACGCCCACGAACAAGAACUCGUACUUCUACUCGCAGUUCGGGUGCUUCGACGCGCGGAGCUACGGCGGCAUCUCGGUGCGGAUCAACGCGGCGAGCGGCACGACGUUCGACGUGCAGCUGUCGUCGAGCAAGUCGAGCAGCUCGUGCAACGGCGACUCGACCACGGACGUCCUGGUGAGCUCCAAGAACCUGGGCUGGACGUUCAACGGCAAGGAGCAGCUAUACACGAUCCCGUUCAGCAAGUUCAGCGGCCUCGACUUGUCCAAGUUCACCAUGAUCAUCCUCUCCGGCUUGAACAAGGAAGUGACGUUGGGGCCCAUGGCUAUGUACUGCGGGAACACGCCGGCUGAGUACGUGGCGCCGGCCAUCCAACAGCCGACGGAGCCGACGGGCACCGUGUCAGCGCCGACGUCGACGGCGACGGCCUUCGUCAUCGACAACUUCGCGAGCAAGGAGACGAAUGCCCUGGGCAACUGGCACGGGUCCGAGGACGAGGGCCUCACGGUGACGUACAGUCGUAAUAAGAUGACGCUGCAGACCAACGACGCGGACCUAGGCUGGGUGACGCAGAUCUCCGACACGUGCCGCGACAUGCGCGGCUUCGACAAGUCGUACCUGCACAUCGCCUACAGCGGCAGCAACAAGUUCACGGUGGCGAUGCAGCAGCACAACAGCGCGUGCAACAACGACGCGAUGCCGUACCCGGAGACAUGGGACUCGCUCGAGGCCGCGCGCUACGCCACCUCGAGCGACAUCUACAUCCCCAUCAACCACUUCAAUGUGGACCGGAGCAAGGUCAUCGGGUUCGCGCUCAAGGGGUUCUACUCGUCCACGGCGACCGUCAUCUCCAAGAUCGAGGUCGUCAGCUCCGUGCCCUCGAGCUUCAAGGUCCCCGUGAAGCUGCCCUCGGGCACCUUCGUGUUCGCCUGCAAGCGGCCCAACUCCUUCGCCUUCGCCAUCGACGACGGCGACCCGGCGUACGCGCAGCGGGUCAUGAAGAUCAUCGACGACGCCGGGUUCAAGGCGACCUUCUUCACGGUCGGCGCGCCGCUGCUCGACCCCUCGACGAACCUGAGCGCCGUGUACCGCGAGAUGCAGCGCAAGGGCCACCAGAUCGCGCUCCACAGCUACACGCACCCCGGCCUGGAGGGCCUCGCGGACGAGGCCUCCAUCGACUGGGAGUACACGAACGACCUGAAGGCGGUGCAGCAGGUCUUCGGGACGUCCUCGGGGAUCAGCACGCGGUACUUCCGGCCGCCCUUCGGCACCGAGGGCGCGCGCAUGCGGCAGCGGUACGCGACGCUCGUGUCGGACCCGUACAUCGUGCAGUGGAGCGUCGACGUCGAGGACUGGCUCUGGGCCGAGACCAACACCCCGGAGAAGCAGCUCGACGCCUUCAAGCGCGACGUCGCCGCCGGGGGCAGCAUCACCGUCAUGCACUACCUGUACGAGAGCACCGUGAGCUACCUGCCCCAGUUCAUCAAGAUCGCCAAGGCCACGGGGAAGCAGCUUAUGCGCGUCGACCAGUGCAUGAUGGAUCCUAAUGCGCCGCCGUUGUAAAAGUUCAAAUCAAAAUGAAAAGAAAAAAAAAGGUAUAGGUUUUCAUAGCGAGAAAGAGAAAUGACUGUCAAGUACUUAGCAGAGGACACGCACGUUUUAUAUCUUAUUGGAGCGGGCAAAAAUGUUCAAGAAGCAUGGAUCGCUUCUCUCUCUCAGUCA